AUGCUGCCAGUUCCGCGAGGAUGGUCCUUCACCGAGGCAGCUGGCCUGUUCAUUAGCGUUUCCACGGCAUACGGAGCACUAUUGACGAGAGCAGCCAUGACGAAGAACGAUGUCGUUUUGGUCCAUGCUGCGGCCGGCGGUACUGGACUGGCUGCGAUUCAAGGCAUGUCGUAUUUCCUCGCAAAGGCGUGCGGAGCAACGGUUAUUGCCACUGCGUCGACCGCACGCAAAUUGGACGUUCCCAAAUCUUUCGGCGCAGACUACACUGUCAACUACACCGAUCCCGAUUGGCCACAAAAGGUCAAGGAAAUCACCCCGGGAAAUCGUGGUGUGGACAUUGUCUUUGAUCCUGUUGGCUUGGUCAACGCGUCAUCAAAAUGCACCGCGUGGAAUGGCAAGAUUUUAAUUAUUGGGUUCGCCCGCGGCGUAGUCGAGAUGGUCCCUACGAACAAGGUGUUGCUAAAGAACAUUUCGCUUGUGGGCUUCCACGGAGAGGCCUACGCGUACAACGAAAGACGUACUUUGGUAGACAAUUGGGGAGCGAUUUUUGGACUCAUUCGCGAUGGAAAAGUCCGACCAAUGGUUUUCAGUGACAGGGACUUUACCGGCCUUGAUGCCGUGAAAGAUGCGUUGAUCUCUCUGAAAGAUCGGGAGACUUGGGGCAAGGUCACGGUCCAAAUUCCCAAAGUCGCUGAUAGCCAUUUGUAG